GAACUAAGCAGAUGCAAGCUAAUCACCAGGAUCAUGUGAUGGGACUGAAGAAGCAGAGAAUUGGGUCUUAGGAAAAUGGAAUCUUUACUAUUUCUCGAGAUGGCUGAUGUACUCAUUAAGAAUAAAUUAAUCAAAUAGUAUUAAUUAAUUAUUGAGAGAGGAUUCUGUAUUCUGCAAUAUCUAUCCACUAUCAAAAAGUGGACAAAUGACACUGGAUAGCAUAGCCUGCAUUGCACAUCACUGUCUCUCUAUAUAUACGUAUUCACAGUCACUAACAAUUUCUGAUCUAGGGUUCUUUUGCUUUCUUCAUCCUUGGCCGAAAGUUCAAGUCUUUCUGUUCCUUCUCCUCUCUGCCUUCUCCAAAUCAGGAAAAAUGCAAGGGGCCGUUAAUGCAUUUUUGUCCCAUGGAAAUUUGGUAAAAAAUUUGGUUCUACAACGCUUCCGUGUUGCAAAUCCAGCACUAAGGCCUAUUUUGUUUUCUCGUUUUGAGUCUGUCUCAUCUGCCCGUACGGAAGAGCAAAGCUUUGAAAGUACUACCAUUUCUGACAUCUUGAAAGCCAAAGGGAAAGGUGCUGAUGGCUCUUGGCUUUGGUGUGCCACCGAUGACACUGUUUAUGAUGCUGUCAAGUCGAUGACGCAUCACAAUGUUGGAGCCUUGGUGGUCGUUAAACCUGGAGAGCAGAAAUCAAUUGCAGGAAUUAUCACAGAAAGAGAUUACCUGAGAAAGAUCAUAGUACAAGGAAGAUCAUCCAAGUCAACCAAGGUUGGGGACAUUAUGACUGAAGAGAACAAGCUUAUUACAGUCACUCCGCAAACUAAAGUUCUGCAAGCAAUGCAAUUGAUGACAGAUAACCGCAUCAGGCACAUUCCUGUCAUUGAUGACAAGGAAAUGAUUGGCAUGGUGUCCAUUGGAGAUGUUGUUCGUGCUGUAGUGGCUGAGUACCGAGAGGAGCUGGACCGCCUAAAUGCUUACAUACAAGGAAGUUACUAGAUGACGACGACUGGAAUGCUACGCUAAGGAUGUGUUUGCCUUAGGAAGACCUGUAAGCUAAGAGCUUGUAAAUAUGGCAUGUUGUGUGUGUUUAGUUUUCUGGUUUUACUCCAUCGCUUAUCAGAAUAUCUGAUGUCAAAUAACAGCAAGUGGACAAACAGGUUCAUAACAAGCACAAUCAUGUUGCUUAGUACAUUUGUCCAUACACCUUAGAUGAAUGGCUCAUGUACAUGGUCAAUGCCAUUCCAUCUUGUUGAUGGUUGUAGACCUGUAAUGUGAAAAUCCUUCUGAAACAUUUAAUUUUAAGAUCUUUCAUGGCCUUUUGCAAA